AUGGAUUUUUACAAUCUUGCCGCCUUGACAGCAUUCGCAUUUUUUGGAUGGUAUGCCCUUACUUCCACCCUAGCGUGGUAUCGACUCCGCAAGUUUCCAACACCCAGCUGGCUAGCCCAUUUCUCCUACCUCUGGCUUGGGAGGUUGACAUAUAGCGGAAAACAGUAUUGGGUACACCGCGAGCUACAUCGGAAAUAUGGCCCGCUGGUUCGGAUUGGUCCGAACGAGAUCAUGACCGAUGACCCGGACAUCAUCAGCUCCAUGUCAUCAACUCGAAGCACAUUUACUCGCGGCGAAUGGUAUCUCACCGGGCGAUUCAACCCGUACUACGAUAUCCUGUUUACUAUUCUAAGUAAUGACGGACACAAGAAGGCACGAGCACGCGUCCAUGCAGGUUACUCCGGUCGCGAGACGGGGGUUGCCUUGGAACAUGGGGUUGAUCGUCAGGUAGCCCGAUUAACUGAUCUGCUACGGCAGAAGUACGCUGUUCCUGGGGAUGAUGCGCCGCUUCUAAACAUAGUCGAUGUUAGCUCCUACUUUACCAUGGAUGUUAUCACAAAGCUGGCCUUUGGGCAAGAAUUCGGCUUUCUCCAGGCGGAGAAAGAUCGUUACGGCUUCUUUAAAGAAGUGCACUCCCUCUGGCCGCAAAUGUCUACAGUGGCAGAUGUUCCGUGGAUUCGAAGGAUCAUUUUCUCCAAGCCUUUUCUAAAGCUGUUAGGCCCUCGCCCAACGGACUCUCAUGGCUUCGGUGCGUUGAUGAGGGUUGCUCGUGAACAUGUGCGCGAGAAGUUCUCUACCCUGGACAAUAGCAAAGGGGAUAUGAUGGAAUCUUUCAUCCGCCAUGGAUUGACACAGGAGGAGUGUGAAGCCGAGGGGCUCUUCACAAUCAUUGCCGGGACUGAAAGCACCGCGUCUACUCUAAGAUCCAUCUUGAUCCACACCAUAAGCUCUCCUGUUGUCUACUCGAAGCUUAAGAACGAGGUUCUCGAAACACUUAAAAGGGGGUCUAUUAGCAGCCCUAUUAGCAACAAAGACGUCAGAGAUCUCCCCUAUCUUCAGGCCGUCAUUUGCGAAGGCAUUCGCAUGCGGCCGCCAAUCCUGGGGCUUUUUCCCAAGGUUGUGCCCUCCGGUGGUGUUGAAUAUCACGGCCAGUUGAUUCCUGCUGGUACCAACAUUUGCAUGAACACAUCAUCUCUCCUACAUUCUAAAUCACUGUUUGGAAAUGACCCGGAGGUCUUCAGACCUGAACGUUUUAUGGACUUAGACAAAGAUACCUGCAAUGAGAGGAGAAGAAACCUCGAACUGGCAUUUGGCCAUGGACAGAAUCAAUGCCUGGGCAAGCAUAUUGCCUUUAUGGAGUUUGCGAAGGUAACAUUCGAGGUGCGUAUCCUUCUACUUGAGACCCAUUAG